GACGAAAGAGAAGCAUUCCUGGUUGAUGCCCUGACUUGGACAGAUCAGGCCUUUUCUGCUCGAGGGGGAGAAGCUGCACCCUGGGGAGGAUGGGGGUGCUUGUGAGAGCAGCUGUGCUUAUGAGUCCUCUUCUCCUCUGCAAUGCUUUUCUGGACCUGACUGGCUCCAAUGAGAUCAAAAGCAUAUGGAAGGGAUCUACCACCUUGCCAUGUGUCUAUGUGCCUGAGAAGGACUUUGUGCUGGAAACACUCAUCUGGGCUGUGGUGCAUGACCAGAGCUCCGGUGCCAUCUUCCGGAGGGAUGGGUCUGGCGACCACGUCCUCCUGUCUGAAUACAGAGGCAGGAUCAGCGUCCUGAAGGACACCCCAGGGAACCUGUCUCUCCACAUCCUGAACCUGGAGAUCUCUGACAGGGGAACCUACACUUGCCAGGUCACCUGGAGAGCCAGCAACAACAGCCUGGUGGCAAGAGAGAUCACCACUAAACUGGAAGUUGUUAAAGUUGCAGUGACCAAGCCCAUUAUCAGGGCCAGCGAGCUGGGCCUGACGGUGCCGGCAGGAGCCAGGACCAGCCUGACCUGUGUGGCCAGCGGGUCCCCCCCCAUCCGGUACCACUGGUUCCGGGGAGCCCCAGGGGGGACAGCCCUGCCCCUGGGCAGCCAGGCCGAGCUGGUCUGGGACAGCCUGCAGCCCUCUGACACCGGAACCUACUUCUGCCAGGCAGAGAACAGGGCUGGGUCCAGGGCAGUGCAGCAGAGCGACCCCGUCCAGCUGACCGUGAGCGAUCUGUCCACGGUGACGGUGGCCACUCAGAGGGAUGUGGGAAUCACAGGGAUACACCACCCAACCACAGAUCUGCCUGUAGCAGUAGUGACUCCAGAGAGUGGUGUGGUAUAUCCAGAAAAAAAUUACACAACUCAGAGUCUCCAGGGGUCUCACCUCUCCCUGUUCCUGGUCAUCUUGAUUGCCGUGGUUUGCAGUGCUGUGGUUUUUGUUGUCAUCUUCCUUAUCAUUUGCAUUAGAAAGCCCAAGGAUGCUCAAGUCUAUGAAGUAAAAUUCCAUAACUUGAGAGCAGCAGCUUCUUCCAGGUAUGAAAGUACAGGUCACUAUGAGGACCCCAUCCCAUGCGCUGACGACAAUUAUGUGACGGAGCCCCUGAAAAGCAAAGAAUGUGAAGAAAUAAAUAAGAAAAAUAAUGAAUAUGAAUGUCUUGGAAACACCCAAGAAUUUGAAUAUGAAUUAGGUGAUACUGUAUGAAAACCAACAGCACCCUACAGGUAGCAGUCCUGAAGAAUACCUUCAGGCAAAAUCUAUCUUCCUUAUUCACCUUUGCCUCUGAAAAAUAGGUCAGACAAGCAGGUCUUGCUCUUGCACAAUUAAUGGAGCCUCAGCAAUCUCUGCAGUGAAAAUGCAAACCUCUUUAGGACCUUUGGUUACAGAAUGCUGUAUAGGUCUUCUGAUUUUGCUUUUCUUGGCUCUUUGUCACCACCUCUGUAGAAGAAAGCCCUUUGAUAGCCAGAACAUGCAGACCCCAGGCCAAGAGGGCUGUGCUAAAAUUACUGCCUUGUAUACCAAAAGGAUCUGCCUUCAUAGCUCUGGUGUGUGGGAGCAGCACCAGCACCACGGGCUGCUCAGCAUCCCCAGUGGCUUUGGGUGAGGAGUGCAGAGGGAAGAUGGCCUGGGAAUAACCUUCUCUCAUCCCUCCCAUCCACCUGUAGUGCUGCACAUGUUGUAGGAUGUCCUUUUAGAUGUGAGACAGCCCUUAAAGAGGCACUGAAAGACUAAAUCCAGGAUGAAACCAAGAAUCUUACCACACCAAGGAAGCAGUAUGAAAAGAAAUGUCCCCUGCACCCAUCAUGCUGUUAAGAGUUUGCUUAAAGGUCAAGGUCUCAGAAAUCUUUAUUUCAAAAUGAAAAGGAAAAAACAGGAGCUUUUGUUGGUGAUGAUAUCUUGGAUAAAACUGUCAAUGUGUACAUGUAACUUAUUGAAAACGUGGAGGAAAAAGAUGUAAACCAUUAAACUUCAGGAC